CGAUUUCUUUCUGGUUUUUGAAUGCCCUUUUGCUCAGAUAUUAUUGGGCUCUUAUUUUUUUUCUUGAAUUUGCAAUAGUUAUUUUUGUGUAAUAACUUGUUAUCAAUCUGUGUUGUUUGGGUUGUAAUUCAUGUGGAAAUUUAGUUAAUUCUUUAUGGUGAUCACAUUUAUGCAAAUUCAUGUUCUUUGGAUAGUCAUCCUGUUAAUUAUUGAUUGGAGGUUCUAAGGAUGGGAAGAAUUAUAAAGUGGAUAAGUUUCAAUUAAUAGUUGCAGACUGUUUGACACUGCUUUUCUUGUUGCUAUAUGUUUAUAAUCAAGCUAUUUCAAAUUCCUAGUUCGAUUUUUGGUUCGGAAGCAACUUAUAAGAAGGUGAAGCUGUACUGGAAUAUAGCUUAUGAGAGUGGUUUGGGUAGUUUUUUUACCCGCUGGCACCGGGUACAGCAGUAUCACUCGGGCCUUAAUGUGCUUGUUUUCUCCAUUGAAAAUCAUAUCAAUUCAGUUAGCCUUAAAUUUCAUUAAGUGGUAGAAGUCAUCUUUGCUAUUACCUCAGCUGUCAAGGAUGUAUGUGGGAACCCUCCAACUGACCGCCUUUUCCUUGACAAGUACGAAAGAUUUGCCUAUGCCUGGACGAAAUAGGUUGGCAGGGAUAUCAUGAACUCAAAUUCCUGCAGAAACGAGAUAUUGUUCAAGUGUUGAUCAUAAUAUAGCAGUCUGGUUUAUAGGUCAUUAACGGAGGACAGGAAAGAAAUGAAGUAUGGAAAGAGACUUCGGGACGAAGAGGAAAAAACAUUUCGUGAAUGGAAAGGUCAAUUCAUAUGUUAUAAGAGGUUGAAGAAGCAGUUGAAAUUGAUUUACCAUCGAUCAAAUGGAAAAUAUAUGAGUACUAGAAGUAGAAGAUGGCCGAGAUUUGCUACGAGAAGAUUCGUAGAAGCAAAUAACAGAGGACUGCGAAUUGGGUUUACGAGAUUAUUAGAUAGUGAACUCAAGAAAGUUAAUUCUUUUUAUUUUGGGAAAGAGGAAGAUUAUAUCAUCAGACUCAAGGAGCUGCAACUUAGAGCAGAAAGCUUGCAAAGUGAUGAAGAGAAGCUUGAGGUUCAGAAGGACAUAUUAAAAUUUCAUGGUGAAAUGGUUCUGCUGCUAAAUUACAGUCUCCUUAACUUCACAGGACUAAGAAAGAUUGUGAAGAAGCACAACAAGAAGACAGGCACAAGCUUCGAGUUUUUUGCGCUGCCAAGGGUAAUGCAACAAUCAUUCUUCUCUACUGAUCUGCUUUACAAUCUCAUGCAAGAGACUAAAACAAUGCUGGCCCGCCUGUUUCUUACGGACGCUCCUUGAUGUUUUUUACUGUUAUAAGAUUAGCCUACCGAGAACAAGAACAAAAAUCUGCAUUUCAAGAUUGUACUCUACCAAUAGAAAAGCUUGUAGAAUUUUAUGAUAUUGAAAGGUAUAUUAUACUUCAAUGAAUGUUAGAAUAAUUGGUAUUAUAUAAUGACAAUAGUAGUUCUUGCACCAA